AAAAGAAAAGAAAAGAAAACUCACUCGAAACUCUCCUCCCCCUCUCUCUAAUUAAAAACCCUAACUCACACACUCUCUCUAAAAUCCCCAAAUCUCUUAUCCAUUUUUUUUUCCUUUUUUUACAUCUUUGAUUCGUGCUUUUCAGGCAGAGAGAGAGACGACAUAAGCAAUGGCGUCGACGGAUAGAGAGCUCGAGCAACAACUUCUGGAAGCUGGCAAUAGGCUUGUUGACCCUCCUCCUGCGGUCGAUGAGCUUAUUGCUCUUCUCGAUCAAGUAGAAAACUGUCUGUCAAGAGUGGAGCAGUCCCCUUCAAGAGCGAUGCAAGAUGCUCUUGCCCCAUCACUGAAAGCGUUGGUUGCAGAUCAACUAUUUAAGCAUUUGAAUGUUGAUGUGAGAGUUGCAGUUGCCUCUUGCAUUAGUGAAAUAACCAGAAUAACUGCACCAGAUGCGCCUUAUGAUGAUGAGCAGAUGAAGGAUGUUUUUCAGCUGAUUGUAUCAUGCUUUGAAAAUCUAGCUGAUAGGUCUAGUCCGUCAUAUGGUAAAAGGACUGCAGUUCUUGAAACUGUUGCAAAGGUUAGGUCAUGUGUGGUGAUGCUGGAUCUUGAAUGCGAUGCCUUGAUAAUUGAGAUGUUCCAGCAUUUCCUCAAUGCUGUAAGGGAUUAUCACCCAGAGAAUGUCAUUACAGCUAUGGAAACCAUUAUGACCCUUGUUUUAGAAGAAAGUGAAGAUAUCUCUCCAGAACUUCUUUCUCCCCUUUUAGCUAGUGUGAAAAGGGGCAACGAGGAAGUUCUACCUGUUGCUCGUAGGUUGGGAGAGAGAGUACUUGAAAGUUGUGCUGCUAAGGUUAAACCUUACUUGCAACAGGCUGUGAAUUCUUUGGGUGCUUCCUUAGAUGAAUACAGUGACAUUGUUGCUUCCAUAUGCCAAGAGAUAUCUGGUACUGUCGAGCAAAGUGAUGCACAUGCUGCUGAUGAAAAUAAAGUUGAAGAGACCAAGCCAGCUGGAGCAUCAUCAGAUGAUGCUGAUAAAGCAAUAGCAACAGAUGCAGGUUCUUCUAAACAAGCUGAUCGUACAAAUGAUAAAUCUCCCAAGUCAGUUGUAAGCAAUGGUGUUGCACAGACUGGAGAAGAUGACUCUCUGGCAGAUUCCUGUUCUUUAAAGAAGCAGGAGGAUGGCAAUCAAGUUGACCAUUCAAAAAGUAUUGACAUGUCAAGCAAUGCAAACACAGAUGUUCUGGACUCUGAGAAGAUAGUUAAUGAGGAAACCGGACCAGAACAGGCUACCAAGAAGAAAGGGAAGAAAGUUAAUUCAUCUACAAAGUUGACAGAAGCUUCUGAGAGUUCUCAGAGUGGUGCUGAUAAGGAAGCGCAUAAACUGCCAGAUGAUCAAACUCAUAGCAAGGAUGUUCCUAGCUGUCCUCAGGAGGAACCAUCCGUUGAGGCAACUGUGUCUUCUGAAAAUAAAAAAGAGGCAGUUAGUAGUCAGCCUCCCUCUCCCAAGGCACAGGAGGGUGAAUCAAUGAAUGUUGCUUCUCCAUCUGCUAGUGGGAGCAUUCCUGAUGAAAAUCUUUCCAAGAAUUCUGGGCGAACGAAGAAGAAAGAGACGUUGAUAAAAGAUUCUGAACCAUCUGCUGAUGAUGUUCCAAAAAAGACAUCUGAAGGAACUAGUGAUUCUGAAGCAAAGCCAAAUAAACGAUCAGCAAGAAAGGCACCUGCUAAGAUUUCCAAUGAGGAAAAGGCACCACUGACAACAGAUGCGACUAAGAAGGAAACUGGAACAACAAGUGAAUCAGAGGCGAAACCACUGAAGCAGUCAUCUAAGAAGGUAGCUACGAGUGGUAACAAUGGUGAUGGAUCUUCUUUAAAUCAAUCUGAGGAUAAGAAACAGCGCAGUCGUGGAAAAUCCAUUUCAGAUAAAAGUAUGUCAAAAAAUUCAACUAAAGCUGAUGAUAAGGAAAAGGUCUUCUCACCGAAGUCAGCAACAAAAUCAACAAAAGAUGAGCAUCAGUUGGAGGACACCCCCAAGACCGACAAGAAGAGGAAGCGUGGCUCGAGCAAUGAAAAGGGAUCUGAUAACGAUGACUCUAAUGCUGCUCUGGUUGGUUUAAGGGUGAAAGUUUGGUGGCCAAAAGAUCGCCAAUUUUAUGAAGGUGAAAUCAGUGGUUAUGAUCCUGUUAGAAAGAAGCAUAAGGUUACCUACGAUGAUGGGGAUGUAGAAACAUUAACUCUCAAAAAAGAGAAAUGGCAAGUUAUUAAAGAUGACUCUGCGCAAGACGAGGGAGAAGCAGCUGAUCGACAAAGUCUGGAAGUUCCUUCAGAAAUGCCCCUAAAGAAAAAAGUGAAAACAAACUCUGAUCAAUCUAGUAAGCAAGGGAAGGUUGACGCUUCUCCAUUGAGGGGGGGAGGAGCUUCCUCCAGCAAAUCUAAAAAUGCAGCAACAAAAUCUGGACGAAAAUCAAAGGAAGUUAGUAAAACAGAUGGUAAAUCAGUGGACGAGUCAAAAGCUGCUAAGAAAGCAGAGGACGAUAGUGUAGGCAAAACUAAGGAUAACAGCAGUAGAAGUGGAAGUAAAAUUGUUGAUGUUACUCCAAAAACAUCGAGCAAAUCGAAAAAUGAUGAGAGUGCAUCCAAAACUGGCAAGUCGAAAGAGGAUGGCAUGAGAACCCCCAAAACCUCUUCCAAGUCAAAGCAAGAAACCGUGAAGACUGGCAAAUCCAAGCAAGAUACCCCAAAGGCUACCUCUAAUGCCAAGGGUAAAUCUCCAAAGAGUGGGGGCAAAUCUAGUGUUAAUGGCACUGGAAAGUUGAAAUCAGGUUUUUUAAAGGUGAAAGAAACUGAGGAAAAGGAGGAGUCAACAGAUUCCGGUAAACUGCAAGAAAGUAUCAAGAGGAAGUCUAAAGGACAGGGAAGUGAGGUGAAGAGUGGAAAAAAACGCCGAAGAGUUUAAAUUAUACUUGUCAGGUCUAUCUUAACUAGAUUGCUUUCUAUGGAUUAUGGACCCCCAGAACCUCCAGUGCCUUCUGUUGCAGCUUUUUGAUGAUAUAUGAAUGCUCCAUCGACACAGUAAGCCAUUGCUUGUGUAUUUGGUGUCAUCAUUUGACAUAAUUGGUAGGUUUGUGGCUAUAUUAAACAGUUCUAGUCUUAGUUUACAGUGGUUGUAGGGUUAGUUUUGGCUUAUAUUUAUGUCAUUCGAGAGCGACAGUAGAGUACAUUGGGUUAGCUUUGUUAAAUAGUUCUUUUUAUAGAUAAUGUCACAAAUUCAGAGUCUUGCUGUCAGCAAUGUCUUCUACUGAAAUUCUCUACCAAUUGCAAUUUCUUUUCCUUC